AUGCUUGCUUCUCACACUGUACGCAGAGCAUCGAAGAUCGGACCGAGCCGUCAUGCUCGUACCUUAACCAACGCCCCGACCGUCGCCGUUCUGUACCAGGCCAUUGAACCGCCCGUCAUCAAUGGCGUCAGAAAGCCUAGAAAACCGGGUGGCUACCAAGAUUCUGGAGCAGAUAUCGUCUAUACCCUCCAGCAGAAAGGCAUCCAGGUGAUCAAGGCGGAUCCUUCAGCCCCUGUAUCCUCCAACGAGGGCUGGACAUUUCCCGACACAGAAGAGGGCAUCUACUCUGCUGUCCAUCAGGGUGCCACGCAUCUCUGGGCGAACACUAUCUUAUUCAGUUCUCAUCCCCUUCAGACGUCGGCCAGGUUGACGCCGCUCGCCGACAAGAUCUACGUAGUCGGCCAGCCGCCCGGUUUGGUGGAGAAUUUCGACGACAAGGCGUACUUGAACGGGAAACUAGCCCAGAUUGGUGGAUUCACCUUGCCAAAGUCCUGGCUGGCCACUUCGGAAAAUAUACAACAGCUCGUUCAACAAGUCGACCGGUAUCCGAUCGUUGGGAAGCCCGUUCGUGGACGCGGAAGCCAUGGGGUCAAGGUGUGCCGUGACAAACAGCAGUUGCUGCAGCAUACAAAGACCCUUCUUGCCGAGUCGCCGCUCGUAAUGUUGGAAGAGUUCCUCGCAGGCGAGGAGGCUACCAUCACCGUCAUGCCCCCGACACCCUCUGAUCCGCACCAUUGGAGCACGGUCCCAGUAAAUCGGUUCAACCACGACGAUGGUAUUGCGCCUUACAACGGCGUGGUGGCCGUCACUGCCAACUCGAGAGUUGUGACAGAGGAGGAGCUCAAAGACCCAGCGUACGGCAAGAUAAUGCGCCAAUGUGAGAAGGUCGCGCAGUUGAUAGGAGCUACGGCACCGAUCCGAGUCGACGUUCGCCGGUUCAGUCCUGGGUCCGAUUUUGCGCUUUUUGACAUCAACAUGAAGCCAAACAUGACUGGGCCUGGCCGUCCAGGGCGCGAGGAUCAAGCCAGCUUAACGGCCAUUGCGGCUUCGGCUAUGGGUUGGGACUAUGGGACAUUACUUGAGAAUAUUCUCGAAGGCGCGCAGCCACUGAGUGUCUUUCGGAAUUACAGCAAUCCUUUCUAG